ACACCCCGCCUGUUUUGAUGGCUCCACGAUGGAGGGGUUCGUGUCCACGGUUUUACCAUACAAUGCCAGUGGCAACCCGGCCUGCGGUCCCUUCCUCCAGGGCAGCAGCUGGGCCAAGAGAGAGGGCCGCUUCAUGACCCCCCAGGGCCUCAAUUACCUGGAGCUCUGCAAGGCCAUCCUGUCCCAAGUCAACCCUGUCGUGCCCGCCAAAGCCGCGAAAGGAAACACGAAAGAGUGCGGCGUGCAAGUGAAUGCAAAAGUGGAGAAAACCAUCCAGUGCUCGCUUGGCCCCAAAACACUGUUCUCCCGGGAUGACGAAAACCCAGCCUCGUUCAAGUCCCCGAAAAGCCUGGAUUCGUCCAUGUCACACGGAAAGGCGCGGUGCAACACACCGGUGGACCGCAUGCGGUUUUUGCGGCCCGUUUCGAUCUACUCUCCGGUGUUUGAUCGCAGAAUCUGUCUGAGGAAAGUUAGUGAUGACGAGGAGAGUGAGGCUCAAGUUGAAGCCGUCGAGAAACCUGAGCGCGACAGCGACUCGGAGGCGGAUCAAGCCGAGCUAAAGGAGUUAAAUGCGCCCCCACAUCGGGCACCCAGGGGGUCCAACUUUCAGUUUCUGGAGCAGAGGUAUGGCUUUUUCCACUGCAGAAAAUGCAACAUCCGGUGGGAGAGUGCUUAUGUGUGGUGCAUCUCUGGAACCAGUAAGGUGUACUACAGGCAGCUCUGCAGGAAGUGUCAGGUGGGGCUCAAUCCCUACAAAGUGGAGUCCGUUCUCUGCAAGGCCUGUUCCAAGACCUCCUGCUGCUGUGAGAAGAAGCAGAGGCACAUAAACAUGAGGCGGCCUCACCGCCAGGACCUGUGCUGUCGCUGCAAGGGCAUGAAGCUGUCUUGUGACGCCACCUAUAGCUUCAAAUACAUCAUCUGAGUGGGGAUUUUUAAGCCAGGCAGAAUGUUUGCUUUGGAAUUAAUCAUCCCUUAUAAUUCAUGCAGAUGUGAUGGCUUUUGCUAUCAAAGUUGGGCCAUGUUACUUGUGUCUGACGUACCUAUAUCACAGGUGGAGUUGCCUCCAGUAACAAACUGGCCGAGACUGAGCCACGACUUGAGUGGUGAAUCUCUUGGGUGGUUAUUCGAAGCAACUUCUUGGUGCUUAGCAAAAAAAUUAAACUAUUUUUGUAAGUAAAAAUAAGGAUUAAAUGUUUUGCAGCAAA